AUUUGGUGCUGUGACAAUGGACGGUGGUGGAGCUGGAGGCGGCGGCGGCGGUGGUUCCGGGGCCCGCGUACGCAAGGCAACCCCAAAGGGGCAAAUGUCUUCCAGCGGCAUGGGGCCUGCCAUCACGCAUCUGCCUAUGCACAUGAAAGUCCUUUUUGAGCCGCGUCCACCGAUUGAGUACAUUGCGCCGCCGGUGAAGCGGAAGAUGCCGCCGUACACGGGCAUUGGUGAUGCUCUACCCGAGUUUGAAGUCACGACGCCACCUGCUCGGCAUGUGUCGGAAACCCCGCGGCAACGUCAAGAUCGCUUGCGUGAGGAAAAGCUGUCGAUCAACCAGAAAAAGCUUGCCGACGACUUGGCGGCCUGGGACCCUCAAGCGCCAAGCUCAAAACAAAAGACAGAAGAUGCGUACAAGACAUUGUUUGUGGGUCGCAUUAGCUAUGAAACGACUGAAAAGCAACUGCGUCGGGAACUGGAACGUUAUGGAGACAUUGUGAACCUUCGCCUCGUGGAGGACGAAGACGGCAAGUGCCGGGGGUAUGCGUUCGUCGAGUACAAGGACGAAGGCGCGAUGAAGGCCGCGUACAAGAAUGCCGACGGCAAGAAGAUCGACGGUCGCCGCGUCGUCGUGGAUGUGGAGCGUGGUCGCACGGUCCGGGAUUGGAAACCCCGCAAGCUCGGGGGUGGCAUUGGCGACACGCGGCUCGGCGGCGCCGACGUUAACGUCAAGUACUCUGGCCGGGAAUCGAUUCGUUCCAUUGCGAUACAUCGCUCGGAUGACCGCGGUCGAGGACGAAGUCGGUCUCGCGGACGCGACCCGCCGCCACCGCCGCCUUCGUCGCGUCCGUCAGCGUACGGUCCGUCCGGUGGAAGCGAUCGAUACGAACGACCUCGAAGCCGCGAACGAUUGGCGCCACGCGAUCGCUCCCGGUCACGGGACCGGUCUCGCAGUCGAGAACGGCGUCGUCGUCCGCCAUCUCGCAGCAGGUCGAGGCCGCGAGACUUCGCUCCGUCUUAUCGACGAUAAACCAGAACCCUCCUCCUAUAAACAUACAUAUGUCUUGGUGCUCUCCUUCGUGUCAUUGUGAAGGUUGCGUGGCCAGCCUUCGUACGCCCUCAGCUGUAUCAAUGUAUGACGUUUGCAUUUGCCUUUGGGCUGCUUUGGCGAGUAGUACGUAGUCGUUGUUCGCUAUAUUAAUAGUAUUAAUAUUGUGCUUUUCAGUCAA